UUGUCUAAACCAUUAUGCAAAGGACUGUAGUAUAUCGAAAUGAAGCCCCGAACAAGUUUCCUGUCUGUUGCUGAAGAACUUCUGUGUUACAUUCUGAGUUUCCUUCCUUACCAAGAUAUUCUUCGGUGUACAUCUGUAUGUAGGACCCUUCGCCAGACAUACUUGUCCUCCUCCGAACUUCAGUACAUCGUUGAAAUAAGUGGACAACGGUUGCUCGUUAUCUCCAACACGGACAAUAGCAUACCUAUUUCUAAGCGUCUGCAGCUUUUGAGAGACAAAGCUCACGCAUGGUUCAAGGUUGACAUCCACCCUUUCGGAAUUGUCCCCAUAACAAGGCUACCGCUAUCUCGAGAAAACAUUGUUGCUGGUGGGCAUUUCUGCUUCUGGAAUGCACCAGGAGAUACGGCCAUGAUCUUUCCAGUAUUUCCCAAGCCCUCACAACAGUCAAUCCAGCGAAACUGGCUCCCAGGGACGUUGUGUUCGGUUCCACACUCACGCAACCUUGAUGUGUUCAUGGACCCAGCACAAAAUCUGAUCGCUGUCGCUUAUGUCGUUGAUCACAAGACAGUCUAUAUUAACCUUGGAACCAUGAAUGGUGAUGGUGUUCACCCUCAGGCUGCUGGAGAGAGACUGUUUCUGUCGGACGACGCAGAAAACUGCCCUCGAACAUUUGCAAAGCUCAAAGGUUUCGGGAGGCAUAUCGCUUUGUCGCGUCGCUUCAGCGAUGAAAAUGCGAUGAGAAAGGCGUGGCAGCUGCAGAUUUGGGACUGGAAAUACUCGACAACAUCCGGUAGCAUCCUCAGCGGUGUAGUACCACACCGAUCCUACACCCCAAUUGAUUUUCGUUUCCUCGGGAACAAUCGAUUGCUGGUUACAACCGAUAACCUGAAUCUAUAUUCAAUUGAGGACAUGUCCCAACCGCCGGAAUUACUGGCAUGUUUCCUGAUGCCCAUCCCAAUGGAAUUACAGUACCUCUCUUCGAUAGAUGAUAUUGGGCAUAGUUCACAGUCGCACAUGCAAGCCCAAUCGACGAUGUACACCUCAGACCCCACACAUCAACUCAUAUGCCUUUUUGAGCCUGCUGCUCGAGAUAAUACUCAAGUCUUCAUCAUUUCCACGAGGAUUUUCUUCGACCUCCACGGAAUGGCAGCAGCAACGCCAAUACCGUGGCAACAUUGGGGCCCUUCAAAUACUCGUGUUUUCCGGCAACAUGAUCGUCACUACAUUCACAUUAACGGGAAUAGAGUCUUGCAGGCAUUGCCUGACGACACGCAAGAAGGAAAUGGGCGGUCCAUGUUACAUUUGAUGGACUUUAGCCCGCUAGCUGUGACAAACAGGCGGGGUCUAGGCCGAAUGGUGAAAAAGCCGUCCAAGACAUACAUCGGUACCGAUAAAUUUGGAAAGAGCUUGACAACAUCCCUACCUUACGUCCAUGUCGUGCUUUCGGACAGAAAGCUCGAUUCUCUUGAUUCAGAGUUGAUGGGCAUAUGGAUGGACAUGGAUAGGAUUUAUAUGCUCAAUCCAGAUUUGGACCGACCGCUCGGUACCCAUGAUUUCCCAACAUGGGCCAAACUUGAGGUCAUUGACGUCUAGCCUCACUUACACAGCGGUGUGGUAUCAACUCAAGGCCAGUCCCACAUACAUCUAGACUACCACUUAUAAUUAAUGUUUCCCUGUCGAUGCCAAAUUUAACCAUCCGGUCGUAAAACUCUUUCCUCGGUUCGACUUUUCACUCAAGUGAAUAUAUACGGUCGUUACGCAAAUGCAGAAUGCUCUGCACACAAUGUUUCUCAAGACUUCAGUUUGAUUAGGUCACCAGACGGCGUUCACCCGUUGCCACCUACUCACCGGUACUAACUCCAGUGUACUGAUUGUCGAGAUCUGGAUCCCUGUUUUC